AUGUUUGCUGACGUUCGUCAAUACGUGGAAUUGGCCACAUCCAGUGGACUGGAUGCAUGGGCAGAAGAGUACCUCGGUCAUGGAAAGGUACAGUCGGACGCCUGGACGACUGAGUACCUCGGGCAAGAUCUGAAUCAAAAGUAUCCCACAGCCUCGCAGUUUCAGUUCGUCUGCAGUGUGUCGAGCACAGGCGUGGUCAACUGCCCUACUGGAUAG